AUGGAUGCGAAUCUGCAUGUGAAUAAAGUGACGGAUGAAGCCGAGUCUCUUCAUGACAGAAGGAGUGAACGCAGUCUUCUCAACGUGUUGACUGAAAGUAUUCGCGGGCUUGAAGCUGUCAGACGUGGCAGAGAUCAUUAUAAUGGAACGGCGGGUGGGAGGAGACGCAUAGGAGGAGAAGCAGGUAGAGGCGGAGGAGAGGAAAUACAGAGAGGCGGUGAAGGAGGGAUGCUCGGCCCUGCAGAAGACGAGGAGGAUGAUGAAGAGGAGAGAGACUGCAAGCAGAGAGUUCUGGGAGUGAUGAGCGAGCUGAGUGCUUUUCAUUCAGACGGAGUGAGAGCAUGGAGACGAGUUCUCAGAGAAUAUGAACACGGGUCUCCACCAGGGGGCAGCAGUCAGCACCCAGCUACAGCAGAUACAGAAUGUGAAGUCAAACCCUGUUCAGACUCCUUCAGUUUUACUUUAUUGAGUGUUGGGGAGGACAUUGAGAACAUUAUGGACAAACUGAGCACUAUUAUAACUAAACUGGAAGAAGAAAGUCUCAAAUUCCAUGUAGACGAAACGUCAACUGUGGAUGCAGCACUUCAAGACAGCAGGGACCCAAACGCACCAGAACAACAUGAAGAUGACAACAAUCCCCAGAACUCCCAUGGUUCCCUUCAAUCUGACUCUGCACAUAAACAGGAUGUUGAAGAUGGAGAUGAUCAAAGCCAUACGAUGCCAUUACUGGACACUGAACAAACACCAGACUCCAGAAGUUCGGACUGCAGCGAUGUAGGGGAGACAGGAAAAGAGUUAGUGGUCCAAAGUGAAGGGGGUGAAAAUCAGGACUGUGUUUCUCCGGAAAGUCACACGGAUAUGUUAGAGGAGACAGAAAAGGACACAAGUAGGUUGAAUGAUACGGGCAAAGACACAAACAACGGAUGGAUCACAAUAGUGCUCGCUGAUCAACAGAAGGACUCAUGCUUCGUCAGAGCACCUAUGGGUGUGGCUGAAGUCCUGAGGUGUGAGGUUGCUGACACCCUGAGCUGCCUGAUGGUGACCGCCUCGGAGGAGCUGGUCAGCAGAGUGAUCAGGGUCAAAGUUCAGGACGGAGCUAUCGUCCACUUCCCCGUGACCGUGGCUUUGCCUUUCUGCGCACGUUACCGUGGCAGCUAUAGGGACGUCGCUGUGAAGAUAGUUGAUGGGGAGAGGAGAGCGAGCUACAUCACUCCUCUGACCACGGAGGGCACGUACGGAGGGCAAAGGGGCUCAUUUGCAGAGGUGAGGGUGUAUUCUCUGGGCCUGUUUGCAGUGGUUUCCUGUCUAAAAAGAGAAAAUUACACAGUACCCACAAAGGGUUUGUCACUCAAGCUCCCCAUGGAUCCCCGAAUCUGUCUGAACUACCUCCCAGGAUCCUUCACUGCUCCAGUAAUGGCACAAACCAUGAUCCAGCCGGUAGACGCCGUGCUUCUGGCUGCCGUCAAGUCCAGCAGCGAUGUUUAUCACUGCGUGGUGUCUACCAGUCCACUGCUCUACCUCACCCACCCGACCUCUCAGCCCCUGAGGAGACCCCUCACCCUCACUCUUCCCUGUCCCCCAAACACUGAGAAGAAGAGGCACACAAGGGGACAAGGGGAAGAGCAAGACCACCCAACUCAGCCUGUCAGUGCUUCUCCACUGUGGGAUCAAUCUGCUUCCAACAGAAGGAGAUUCCUGGGUACAUCUUUGAAGUCUAAGGAGACGUCCAACGAGCUGCUGAUCGUCCUGGGUUCAAAACACAAACAGUGGAGCAUCCUGGAUAAAAUCACAGUCAGAAACCAGCAAAAUGGACUGGUGUCCUUUGAGCUGAUUGAGAUAUUUGACAGACUGCUGGUGGUUCGUCUGCUGUCUCCACUGCAGCACUGCCACCUCACCUCGCUGGCCGAGGAGCUGGAGGAGUCAGUCUGCUGCCACGCGGUCAACAUCGUCCUCCAGCGUAGACAAGAUGAGCCUCACGCCGUCCUGGUGGCUGCCCUGCCCAGCAGAGACCUCAGCUGGGAGCUGUCCAAACUGAGAGCUCGGGGCUACAGUGGUCUACUGGAUACCUCGCUGGAGAUCUCCAUGUGUGAAGGAGACCAGCUUUUCCUGAGGUUCAGUGGCAACAUCACCUCCAUGGGAAGUCAAAACGGCCAACACAAUGUCCCACAUGAACGAAUCACCUUCCACAGUCAGCAGAGGAAUCACCUCCUGGUGCAGCUGACUGAAGUGGACCCGUUUGGGAACUACAGCUCGCCUCACUACAAGGGCACGGCCAUGUUUUAUAAGAUCACCAGGGGUCAGCUGGAGUGGCGGGGGGACAGACCGGUCCUGAUGGACACAAAGCUCCUGGGAGACCCCGUCUGUAAGCUGUCUCUGACUUUACCCAAGAAAGUCAGAACCAUUAAUCGGCCCAUGACAGCAAGGGUGAAGUUAUGUGAAGAGACAGAUUCGCUCUCAGACUCUCUUCUUCUCUGGCUGUCUGGGGAGCUCUCGGAGGAGGACGUAGGCCUUCUGGUGCUCUCCCUGCGUCUGCGUCGAAGCGCCGCUCAGCUGGUGAAGCUCCGGGCCGGGGACAGCCUGUCCACCCAGGCCUUCCACGUCCUGGCCAUGUGGAGGAGGGGUCUGCCCGCGGCCAUGCACCAAACCAAGGCCUCUCAGCUGGCUCACUGCUUGGCCAAGAGCGGCAGGCCAGACCUGGCCAGGGAGCUGCUGCUGCGGCAGGCUGCAGCCACCAGGCAGGGCUUGCUGAAAUAAAGAAGCUUAAAAAUCACACUGCUUUUUUAAUGUUGUUUUUGGUCAGGGCAUGCAUGCCUGCCAAAUGUGUUGGUGGUAGUGUUACGUUUGGGCCACAAGGGGUCAGCAUUGGACUGUGAGAUUCCGUACUCUCUUCUGGACUUGAGGCGAUAGACAUGAAUAACUUAAACGAGUCAUUUCAGAGGACUUAAGACUUAUUAUUAUCCAUUAAAGAAUGAAAAAGCCAAGAUAAAUAUCUGGGGAAAUGAAUUAAAAAGGAAUAGUUUUUUUGCUCUUCUGUUCUGUUCUGUCUCUUAACCCCUUAUAUUUUUCCCCCGGCUGGAAACCAGAGGUGCGGGUAAUAUUUCUAAGCAUUUCCUGUGUUAAUAUUUGGAGCAAAAAUAGCUGCAGAACACCACAGGAGUGAGACAUUCAGACAAUCAAGUGCAAAUAUUAGAAAAUAUAUUUAGUUUAGUCAUUUGCAAUGAACACCUUACCUCAAAUUAUGUGUUAUAAUGCAAUAAAUCUCUGUCUCUAGAUACAAGCAGGGGAAAUUAUCUGCACCCACAACUCGAUUUUGAAUAAAUGAUAAAAUAAAAGUCGUGAUGUGCUUGUUUACUUGCAUGAAGUGAAGAUAUCUGAUACCGAAAACUGAAAAGUACACUUUUCAACAAGACUUUUCUAAAUUUAAAGUCUGAAUAUGUUUAAAGCAUUAAUCUCUGCCAUAGCCUUCACAUUCUCACUUUAUUUUGUGGUUCGUCUCCACAGACAGGUAGGUGAUUUACACGACAAGUCAGCCAUCUCUCCUCUCUGUGUAAACAAACGCUGACACUGAGCGGUGACCUCUUUUCAGCUCCCUGACUCCGAGUCAUCUCGGAGACCUGACAGUGUCUGCCUCUGAUACCUGAUUC